AUGUCUGCUAUGGAAGUAGACCACGACUUGGCCUCCGUUUUGGCAAAUUUGCGCGAGCAGGUUGACAACUCAGACAUUGCGACAGUGCUAUAUCAAUUGGAGGAUUUCUAUGAGCGGAAAUUAUGGAACCAAUUGGCCUUGCUGCUCGAAGAGUUGUACAGUGUCCCUGAAAGUAAGCAGGGUGACUUGCGGGCGUGUCUUUUCACACAGUUUGUGGCGCAGUUCCAAAACAAACUCAACCCCAUAAAAGUGGUCGAUUUCUUAUUACAGUCGUUCGACGAGCCAAAAACGUGUCUUGAGAAGUUGUGUGAGUUGGAAGCCGCUCUUGUUGUUGAGCUUACGAAGAAAUUCUCGCUGAGAAGAGUGGAAAAUGUAGAUACCAUCAUUGGAAAUGAAGAAGCAAUUGUAUAUGUGCGCCUCCAGAUUGCUCGGUACUCUUUGCUUUUGAGCGAGUUCAGCAGGGCCGACGAAAUUUUGGAUGCCAUGAGCGACAAGUUCGACACCACUUUGCAGAAUGACUACAGCUCGAAAACCAACGCCGCAUUUUACUUGACGAAAUGUCAGAACUACAAGAUCCGCGAAAAUUUCAACUUGUUUUACACAAACGGCUUGCUUUACUUGUCUUCGAUUGACACUCCUUUAUCUGCUGAUGAGAAGUUGGACUUUUGUCACGAUCUCUGUAUUGCCGCGUUGUUGGGCGACAAGAUCUACAACUUUGGUGAGUUGAUCUUGCACGAUAUAUUGCUGCUGAUCUCCGCGCCCGAAUCCGAGUACUACUGGCUCUACAACCUCAUUCAAACUUUGAAUUCCGGCCAGUUGCAGAAAUUUUCUGAAUGGCUGCAGACAGCAUUUGUCAAGUCCCCACAGCUUGCGCACCGCCAACAAUUUUUGCACGAGAAAAUCGUGAUCAUGUCGUUGUUGGAAUUGAUUUCUUUGAAACUGACCAGCGACAAAAAGAUUCUGUUUGCCGAAAUCUGCUCCGUGACAGGUACUCCCGAGAAUGAUGUCGAAUUUUUGAUCAUCAAGUGUUUUUCGCUAGGCUUGAUCAAGGGCUUCAUCAACCAAAUCGACCAGGUGUUGGUGGUCACGUGGUUGCAACCCCGGAUCUUGAAUCGUGAUCAGGUCAAGACCUUAUAUAACCAUUUGGUCAAUUGGGAUGCCACGGUCGAGAAACUCACCCUGGAUGUGCAUGCCAACGGUGGUUCCGUAUGGGCGGGUGUAUAG